AAAGAACAGAGCAAAAUGGACCACACAUUUUUCAAAAAGCAGACGUGGCUUCAACACUGGAGGGGUGAUGACAAAGGAGGCUAAGUGAAAUUCGCAGUCGCAGUGAGAAAAGUUUGGACCAAAACCUGACAGACACACACACUGACAGAGAGAGAGAGAGGAACGGCUUUAAUGUUGCUGGUGUUGUUAGAUGCUUCAGCGGAAGCUUUUCUUUUUUUCUUCAAUGGAAUCUUCUUCAUCCUUAAGCUUUUUGUCACAGCAAAUGCCUCCACCAGUUACCAGCAGAACUAUCAUAUUCUCUAGCAUUAGUUCUUGUUGGAAGCAGAAGCGACCCUCUAUCCAAAUCUCUGCAGUUUCUUACAGGAAAUUCAUUCAUUUUGCUUUGGAUGAAACCAAACGCCAUACUCAUUUGGCCCCUUCUCCUCUGCAGGAAAGAUUUAAUUCGAUAAUAUCCAUGGAUGGUGAAGUAGAACUUCAAAUGACAUCGUUUGAAGCUCCUAAGAUUAGACUCCUGCGCAGUCUGAGUAUUGAAACGGAAACAAUGCAGGUUUUGGAUUUUGGUGUUUUCCCAAAACCGGAAUAUGAUGUACCCAUAUUUUGUGCCAACUUUUUUACCAGUGGAAAUACGAACAUAAUUUUGCUGGAUCUUAAUCCUUUGCAUGAUGUCAUCAAUCAAAGAGAGUACAAAGAAAAAUACUACAAAAGUUUAAUGCCUCUUGGAGUUAAAUAUGCUGAGCUUUUACCCUGGGGAGGAAAGCUUACAAGCGAGUCUUUGAAAUUUUUCUCACCAAUUGUGUUAUGGACCAAAUUUGCUUCAAGUGAAUACAAGCAUGAUGUCUUAUUUUCUGCAUUCAUGGAUUACUACAAGGCGUGGCUUCACUUAAUGGAGGGAGCAGUAGAGGAAACAGAUCCAUCUGGUAUUAAAUGCAAUCGUGAAGCGCAACAUAGGUAUCUAACGUGGAGAGCGGAAAAGGAUCCUGGUCACAGAGUUUUGCAAAAGUUGAUUGGAGAGACCCAAACAAAGGAUCUGCUGAGGAACUUUCUCUUUCAUGGAAUUGUUCAACUAGGAAGCAAAAAUUUUCUGGACUACUUUCCAGAGUAUCGCUGCGAAGAUGGGACAAUAAAUGAGAGACGCACUAUAAUUGGUAAAUCUUUUGAAAGUCGGCCCUGGGAUACAAGAGGAGAAUUCAUAGGUAGUUUUUUUUAAAAGCUAAAAUGUAAUGUAGUAUGACAUAAUAUUCUUCUUUCCCUUUCUCUCACUCCCUAUCUCUUGUCUUCUUCGUUUUUUCCCCUCUGAAUUGAGAACUUAUGUGUGUCUUUUGUACAUUAGGGCUCUAUUGUUAAACUAAAUUAGUUUAUUGAUAUUUUUGCCAAGUUCCUGUGAAUAAAAAUCUAUGUAUGAGUUGAUCCACAA